AUGCGGCUAUUGCCAGCAUUCAGUGUCUACAGUCUGGUCUUGGCUUCGACGGCUGUAGGCCAUGAAAGCACAGACUCAGACAACUUUGAUAGUAUUCUCCGCCGCAAUGCCGAGAUCGAAUCCCAGUUAGCGGAUGGACCUGCCCAGGGCGUGAGGAAGAUGACUGAUGAUGAGGGAGAAAAGUUCUUUCUUGAGUAUUGGCAAUUUGGAGAAGAACAGGGGGGUUUACCUGAGCGAAAUCUGGGCGAAGCGAAUGCAACGAGCCACACUCCUAACUUUGAUAUCGCGGCGGAUCAGCACGACAACAACGAGGAGAUGGGGAUUGAUUUCUCCCCGGCACGAUUCCUCGCAAGAUCACACGCACUCGAGCCAUCUUUCGAGGCCGAAUCUAGACGCAGGGGCAGACUGUUGGAGUCCCGGGAUUUCAAGUGUCCAACGGGAACGAACGCGUGCACAUCUAUCAACCGAUCUGAUCGGUGUUGCAGCACCGGCGAUACCUGUAUAAUCGUCACAAACACGGGUUCGGGAGAUGUAGGCUGUUGUCCAAGUGGCCAAACCUGCUCUGGUACAAUAGGAUCUUGCCAGGUCGGAUAUUCGACGUGCUCGCAAGCCUUAGGCGGGGGAUGUUGUAUACCUGGCUACGAAUGUGUUCAGGGUGGUUGUGCCUACAUCUCGGUGGUCACCGUGACAAUCGACUCGACGGUGACAAUCUCGACAGUAACACACACAACCUCCCAGCAAACAAGUGAUUCGACACAUUCCUCUAGCUCAAGCUCCACUAGCUCCAGCUCCAGCUCCAGCUCCACUAGCUCCAGCUCCAGUUCCAGUUCCAGCAGCUCCAAAUCCAGCUUAAGCAAAAGCACAAGCACUGACAGUCCCACCCCACCGGCACGGGGGACAAGUGUCACGACAGCUACUCACUCAGUAACUCAUCAAGUCAGUGGGUGCCCGACCGGCUUCUACGCCUGCUCAGCCGUCUAUCAAGGUGGCUGCUGCCAGACAGGCCGAAACUGUGAUACCACCUCAUGCCCCACCACAUCUUCGACGACAUUCGUCUCCGAUGGCAGGACCAUUGUUGUGCCCGUCACAACAGAAUCCUCAGGCUCCUCUCGCACGGGAGGGAAAUGUGCGAACGGCUGGUUCAGCUGCGCGGAUACAGUCGGCGGGGGCUGCUGUCCGAGCGGCUAUGCGUGUGGUUCGAGCUUUUGUGCUGCGACAGGAACGGCGACUACGACUGUGGCUAAGGAACUGGCAACCAGCAAUGAAGCUGGGGUCAAUGGUAUUGGAACGAUGCUGAUUGUUAGUUUGGUGUGUUUGGGGUGGAUCUUGUGA